AAAUCAUUUUUAGAUUUUUGAAAUCACAAAAUUCAAACAACCUGGUUAAAUCAAUCGAGCAUCACUUCUCGCAAGCCUGUUGGCACUUAAGUUGUACCACGAACGGAUGUGAGGAAAGGGUGCAUUGGAAAGACUCAACCCCUUUUUCUUUCUAUCCCUCUGUUUCUUUUUUUGUUCGCUUAAACAAUAGAGAGAGCGAGUCACAGACACUGAACCUGCUUUCAUGCCGUCAGUCUCGCGGACUCUGAGAUGGACGUGAGAUUCUAUCCGGCACCCCCUUCGAGCGUGGGUUCAUGUUCAUUACCAACCGAUUCGAGUUGCCUGAGCUCUUUGGACUAUUACCACUGCAACAAGAACAGAUACGGUGCAGGCGAGCGCGGAGUUAGGCUCUACAGCUCACUGCCAAUGUGUCCCACCCCCAACAGGAAAAGACUGGCCUCUGCUGGGUUUGAUGGUGACAACAUGUACAUGAAUGAGAAUAACCAGGAGUUUCUUUCACCGAAUCAGAGCUACUCCGGUCAGGGCGGGGGUAACAACGGUGGAGCGGGCGACGAGGACUACGAGAUCCCCCCCAUCACACCACCCAACCACCCCGACCCCUCCCUGCUGCACCUGAUGGACCCCGAUUCGGGCUACCUCUGCCACUCCCUGCCCCACAACGGCCUGAUCAACCCCUACUCGUAUCCGGAGCUGCCCGCCAUCAUGAUGUCCAACAUGCUGGCCCAGGACGGGCACCUGCUGUCUGGCCAAAUGCCCUCUAUCCAGGAGAUGGCUCUCCCAGACGGAUCGCGCUAUGACGGCGCCCGUCACGGCCCCCUGGUAAACAGGUCGCCUAGGAUACUGUCGCGUCACAUGAGCGCACUGUCCCAGCUCAGCUCCUUAGCCCACGGUUCUCCCUCACCUCCAGGAAGUAAAUCAGCCACGCCCUCCCCCUCCGGCUCCGCCCAGGAAGAGGAAACUGACUCCCACUCAAAGAUUGCCGGGGAGAAGCGGCCUUCGUCAGAGAUGAUGAAGAAGCCCAAACCCCAGAAGAAGAAGAAGAAGAAGGACCCCAACGAGCCGCAGAAGCCCGUGUCCGCCUAUGCGCUCUUCUUCAGGGACACCCAGGCCGCCAUCAAGGGCCAGAACCCCAACGCCACCUUCGGGGACGUCUCCAAGAUCGUGGCCUCCAUGUGGGACAGCCUGGGGGAGGAGCAAAAACAGGGUUACAAAAGGAAAACAGAGGCUGCCAAGAAGGAGUACCUGAAAGCCCUAGCUGCGUACAGAGCCAGCCUGGUUUCCAAGACCUACAGUGACCCAGUGGAGACAAAAAGUGCCCAAACAACCCAGCCUUCCCACAUGAUGCCACCCAAGCAGCCCCUGUACAGCGUGCCCCCCCAGCCAUCCUCCCCAUACCUGGGCCCCGGGUCCUUCCCCCUGUCCGACCUGCAGAGCUACGCCGGGCCCCCCCGCCACGCCCUCUCCCGGACCCUCAGCCAAUCGCAGAUGCUGCCCAGCAUUAGUGCCUCUCCCCCCUCCUCUUUCCAGAUCAGCCCCCCUCUGCACCAGCAGCUCUCCCUCCACCAGAGCACCUUUCUCAACCAACCAAUCCGCAUGCAGCAGGUCCAGACACAGCCAAUCGUCUCCCACCAGAUGGGCCUCCAGGCCUCUCUCCACUCACCUCCUCCUGGCCAGCAGGGGUUCCCCCAUCUCCAGUCAGAGUACCAGAACAGUGUGGGCCCCCAGUCCCCAGGGGGGGCACCGAACCCAGUGGGCGGACAGAACCCAGAGUGGGACAGCGAGUACUGCAGUCGGGAGUGUGGAGGCAGCCACUGCAGCAGCACCAUGAUAGCCAGGGACAAGCCACUCUACCUCACUUGAAGCUGGAUGACCUUGACAAGAUUAUACACCAGGGAGUCCCCCCAGCCCCCUCCCUCCCCCAACACCAACACCUACCACCAUCACCACCACCACCCAUAACUUCUAUUUUUGUCAAUGUAUUUUCAUUUGAUUUUUUUCAGUUAUUUUUAGAAGGAUUUCAUGCAAGUCCUGAAGACUACUAGUGAGCCUUUCAUUUUUGCCAAGCACUUAGAAUUUACAGGCCUUUCUUGGAGCCUGGAACAGCACUCAGCUAUCCUUUUAGAAAAAAAUAAAUAAAAUAUAUAUAUAAAUAAAUAUAUAUAUAUAAACAUGGGCCUGUAUUUUAGGGGUCAUUCAGCUUUAAUAUAUGAAGACAGAAAAAAUCUCUUCUUGAUUGCUUUUUGUUUCUUUUAUUAUUUUAUUUAUUUCUCGCUUGCUAUAUGCUUUGCCAUGGACGUUUCCUGUAGGGAAUGACUUUUGCUGGUAGAUUCAGCACAGGCCUUGAUGUUAGAUUGACUAGUGGGGUCUGUGAAAUUUAAGGACGGAACAGGGGAGGAAAAGAAAUAGAUUCAACAUUUUUGUAAUAUUAAAAGACCUGUUAAGGUUUACCAAUCUGUCACAGUGUGAUUGUAAAUAUCACUUUUAUGGGAACAAAUUGGGAAUCUCAAGUCCAGAUAUUUUUUUUUCCUCUUUUACUACAAGCUGUAAUUCCUUGAUUUGUAUUCAAAAUGUUAUUCUUCAGAUUUUUUUUUAUUUUGGUGUUUUGUGAAAUUGAGCAACUUGUGCAGGUGGGUUUUGGAGGAGGGUUUCUCACACUAAAUCUUGCAUUAAAACUGCGCUGGCCACGAGCGUUUCUCGUGUAAAGAGAAAGCUAAAGACUAUUAAAGAUUUAGUGUCCCGGGCCGUCAUUAAGGACCCCUGAAGAGAGAGGAUAACCUUGAUGGUCAGACUGCACCGCUGGACAAAAAAACAAAAAAACAAACAAAAAAACACAAUUGAAAAGUGAAGGCCUGCUCCUUGUUUGCUUUCUUUCAGUCCCCAUCACAACUUGUACAGGUGAAUUAAAAAAAAGAAAUUGCUAAAUGUGAAAUGUUACUACAGAUAAACAUAACAGUGGGUUUAUAGUUUUCCAGUAGUUUUUGCUAGAUGUUUUAGAAUUGUGUUGGAACUCAUCCUUAUAAUUUUUGUGGGAAAAAAAUAAUAAUGCAUUUCAUUUCUAAGACACAAUUUUAUAUUCACUGUAGCAUACUUUUAAGUUUUUAAGAAACAAAUAAGGAGGAAGAGUAUAAGUUGUGUAAAAACCUGCCAAAUGACAUGUAGUUUUUAUUUGUAAAGCCAGUGAUAAAAAACGUUUAACUGUUGUAUUGCAUUAUAAUUUUUUUCUGCAGUUUGCCCAUAUUUUAUUUAAUUUUAUUGACUAGUUUCCUAUCUAUUUAUGAGUGAUAUGGAAUAACAUUUUGGCAUAUUUUUACGAAGGUGCAUUAUUAUUUUUUUUAUUAUUAUUUUUGUUUGAUGAUGAUAAUGAUUAUUAUAAUUUUUACAUUUCUUGGAGCUGGUUCUUUCUGCUCCUGCCAGCGAAUUCAUUUUGUGUCACAACGCUUCUUUUAUUUCAUUUGUCUGUAAUAAAAAUGUUAAAAGUGGAAA